UUUGUCGGGAAAGGUUUGGUCCCCAGGCCACCAGUUGAAUGGGCAUGAGUCCUGCUGUGUAGUAUCGUCAGGGAAUCCCUGUCAUCAGCACGCUUGUCACAUACAAUGCCAGGCUGAGAGGGAGGCAGGCUCUGCUUCUGCGUAACAAGCCUAUCGCCAGACAGAGAAGGGCUGUCCUAAUCUUUUUUUCUCCAGAUACCACCAAUCAGUCGGUCCAGAGAGGGUGGAGCAGUGGCUGCAGGGAAAAUUGAUCAGCCCGCUUCACUGUACUAAAAUUGUCAAGUUUGUUGUAUGCUUAGCUCCUGGUGAACCGGUUUUCGGUUGCUCAACAGGUUUGUCACUCACUGGUUUCUACACAGAGACACCAUGGCUGCUGCAAGCCUUCAGUCUUGUCCUCAGUGCUGUGGAAAGAGAGGCGACAUGUGAGGAUAUCUCAGCAUGUGCGACACGUGGAGCCAACAUCUGUCACAGUCUGUGCUCAGAGUCGUACUGCAUCUGGAGUUUUCACAGCGUCAGGGAAACAACUGUGUUUGACGUCUGGAACAUAAGAAAGAGAAGAACUUGCCUUGCACGUGAACAAGAAUGUGAUGCAGCUCUAUAUAUAAUGUUGGGAAAUACAAUGGAUCUGCCUUCAGACCGAAUUCCCUCUUUGGUAUGGGAAACCCUCUGCUGGACAUCUGUGCUGUAGUGGACAAGGACUUCUUAGACAAAUACUCUUUGAAAGCCAAUGACCAGAUCCUCGCAGAGGACAAACACAAAGCACUAUUUGAAGAGUUGGUAAAGAAGUUUAAAGUGGAGUACCAUGCUGGAGGAGCCACACAGAACUCAAUAAAAAUUGCUCAGUGGAUGAUCCAAGAACCUCACAAUGUGGGCACCUUCUUUGGCUGCAUCGGCAAAGACAAGUUUGGGGAGAUCCUGAAGCAGAAGGCCGAGGAGGCGCACAUCCAGGCACGAUACUACGAGCAGGGCGAAGAACCCACUGGAACAUGCGCAGCCUGCCUUACCGGCACCAACAGGUCACUGGUGGCAAACCUAGCUGCUGCCAACUGUUACAAGAAGGAUAAGCAUCUAGACCUGGAGGAGAACUGGGAGUUGGUGGAAAAAGCUAAUGUUUAUUAUAUAGCUGGUUUCUUCCUCACUGUUUCUGUGGAGUCCAUCCUGAAAGUGGCGAAGCACGCCUCUGAAAAUAACAAGCUGUUCUGCUUGAACCUCUCUGCGCCCUUUAUCUGCCAGUUCUUCAAGGACAACCUGAUGAAGGUUUUGCCUUACGUUGAUGUCCUGUUUGGAAACGAGACGGAAGCGUCUGCCUUUGGCAAGGAGCAGGACUGGGAUACCAAGGAUGUGAAAGAAAUAGCAAAGAAAGCUCAGGCUCUAACUAAAGAGAACACAAAGAGACCGAGGAUCGUAGUGUUCACCCAGGGGAGUGAAGACACAGUCAUGGCCACAGAGGACAAGGUCAAGACUUUCCCUGUCCUAAAAGUAGACCCCAAGGACAUUGUUGACACAAAUGGUGCCGGUGAUGCAUUUGUUGGAGGUUUUCUUUCACAGCUUGUCCAGGACAAACCUGUAGAACGGUGUGUGGAGGCUGCACACUACGCCGGCAGUGUCAUCAUCAAACAAGCAGGCUGCACCUUCCCAGAAAAACCAGACUUCAACUGACUCGCUUCCGGUCCACAUCAGCCUCAUCCUGAAAACCUCAUUCAUACUCAUUCAAACGCACAACUCUGACACAGAACCUCGUCUUUCCUCUUUACUUCACUUCAGCCAAUGAUUGUCUAUCCCUGUUUUUCCCAGCCAUUCACCAGUCUCUGUUACCCUUACUCUCUCUGCUCACUGGCACUUUGUAGCAGGUAUCAGUGUUGUCCACUUGGGGUCACUAGAGAAUCAGAGGCCAGUACUGAAACGUAGACCACCAGGGUUGAGACAAAGCAACAAAGAUUCUAAUUCUGUUUUCAUAGAUGGUUGUUGUGUCACUGUGUGAGACUGAAUGACUUUGACUGAAAUAGUCCCUUUACUCUUUACAACAAGUUGAGGACUUUUCACAAGUCUUUUUUUAUUCUCAUAAAAUAAUCAAGGCAAAGAAAAUAAUUGAGACAAAACAACAACAUAAUGGCAAGUCAUAGCUUAAUUUUGUGAUUCUGUUUUAUAAUUUUUUUUUUUAAAAUUCUGAAUUGGUUUUAGAUUUUUUUAGAAGUUUUAUUUUUUAGCCAGGUGCCAAAUCUAUAUUAGUUUUUUCUUUCUUCCACUUCCGUCCUAUGAUCAGGUGUUAAAUGUUCCUUGUGUUUAUGUUUAAACAGAAGAGUUAGUCAUUCCUUCUCAGACGUUUCUUGUGCAUUUGGUAACGAGUGCCUUAAUUUCUUCUUCUUUCUUCAUGUUACAAAACACUGAGUUUGAAAGAUAAAAAACUGACAUUAAAUGAAUCCAUUCUAGCUGCUGUUGACACAAAGUCAUUACAUUUGACUUCUUUCUAGACAGAUCUGCCCUGCGCACAACUGACCUGAAGCUCUGUUCACAUGAAUUCAGUUGUUAAUGUAUGUACCAAACUUAAUAUGUUCCAGUUUAGGGGCCAAGUAUUUCAACCAAUUUUAUUGAUAUGGCUCAAUGCUAUGUUAUGAUCUGCACAAGUCCUGAGUAAAUGACUGUGGAGUUUUCUAAAUGAAAUGUGUACAUCAUGUAUGUUGUCUAAAUCUGCUGAUACUGCAACUGCUCAAAUACACCAAAAGACCUCUGUGA